AUGAAAAGAUCAAGUAAACUGUGUCUGAUUCUCAACUUUUCGUGCUGCUCCUGCAUCCUGCUCAUCGUCGGCUCCAUCGUCGCCGUCUACACGCUCGGAUUGCAAUCCAGCAAACCGGAUCCCGGAUUCUGUUCGAGAACUCAUGCGGCUCAGGCGAUGGAGUGUGCAAAGGUACGCAGGCAAUCUGUAGGAGAUGGAGAAGACGUAAGAAUGUUCCAGAAAGACGACGAACUCGGAGCAGCGGCCGCCAGUCUCAAUCACACCCAACUGCUGCUCCGACCGCCGAAAGACUACGAACCACUGGCCGGACUCUGCCACGUCACUCUGGUAAUUACGAAAGGUUUUUGACGCUUUGCAACUCUUUUAACUUUAGGAAUGUGCGCGGGAAAUCAAGUGCCGAGCCAUUCGAAACAUCCUGAAUGACAUCAGCAUCUGCGGCUUCAUCUAUUACUACACAAGAGAGUUCUCGCAGUGCGCCAACACUCUUUACGAGAAGAGGAACGAGAUUCCGUGCCUCGGAGACGUUUUCAAUGAGAAAAAGAGGGUAAGUGACGGCUGAGUAUGGAAAAACGGAAAGAAGUGUUCAGAGUGCGAAGGAGUCGUGCAACGAAUGGAAAGCGAUCACUCCGUGCGUCAGAGAGGCGAUCAGAAGCGAGUGUGAAGAUCGUCUCGGAAUCCUCCAGUUCAAAUGGGAAGACGUGAGUUGAAGAUGUCCACCACAACACAAAUCACACGUAUGUCUGCAGAAAUCCAAAAAGGCGAACAGUAUUUACUGCGAGGAGGACCGUCGAAUCACGCUCGGAUCGCACGAGACUGUCGACAAUUGA